CCAAAUUGCUAAUUUUGUUCUUUUCGCAUUUAUUUGAUUAUUAUUUGUAUUUUAGAUUAGUACCAACCUGUGCGUAUUGUUAUCACGUUAAUACUGUGAAGUAUAAAGUAUUUGUUUGGAACUAGAUCAGAUGGGUUGUCGCCGAUUUUCUGGAGGAGGACACCGCUCACGAGGAGGUCCGCCUCACCACCAUCGACCGCAUCAUGGCGGGCACCGCGGUGGACACGGUUGGCAUGGUCAUGGACCUCCUGGUGGACACCAUAGCGGUGAUCACUAUAGGGACGGAUGUGCUCCUCCUCCUCCUCCACCACCGCCCCCUUCUCCACCUGCUGACGGACAACCAUGUGGAGGGCACUAUUGGCAUGGAUAUCAUCAUCCUCCGCCACCUCCUCACCAUCAGCCACCACCUUUUGGAUACCAAGGAGGUGGUUGCCACUAUUGCGGAUGCCCCAGAGGCGGUCCACCACAGAGUUCACAUCCCGGGAUCCAAGCACCACCUAGCGAAACCCCAAAUGUCGAUCCAAAUGGUAACAAUGCGUCCAGUAACACCGACAGCAGCCAAAUUCAAAAUACUGAGGAAGAAAUCCCAAGCAGUCAAAUACCUGGCAGAAAUAAAUACGAAAUCAUUGAUCUUAGGAAUCCGUGACUCCUUAAGAGAAUUCGAUUAUAAAAUAUAUAUCCCAAACUUUUAAAAAUAUUCCUUUAAAAUAUUCCUUAAAGUAAUUUAAAAGGAUUUUAAUUCUACAUGUUUAAUUAAUUUUUACAAAGACUUUUUUCUGUUUCUUAAAGCAAAUAAACUGACCAUAUUUUUGGAAUUCACUUCAA